CCUAAUGAUUAAGUCGAACCAUACAGAUAAAUUUCAUCAUAAAAUAAGAAUGUAACCUACAAAGAAGUUUGGUUAGAAUUUGGAGUGGUAUCACUAGUAUCUUCAACACCUCCAUAUGGGACUUCUCGUGGCGAAAGUUGUGUGCUGAGUCAACGUAUACGUUUCAUAAGGAUUUCCAUCUCAGAUUCUUUAUAAUCUUCAUAAAAUGGCUAUGAUAAUAACAUGUAAUAGAUCCAGUCCUCCUUUAGGGGGUCUGUUUGUUGUCGAAUAUGUUAAAAUUUUAAAGAAAGUUAAUUUCGAAAUUAUAUGGACUGAUGAGGCAGUGGAUAAUAAAUUCAGUAAUAGUAAUAAUUUAGCAAGAUCCAUUGCAAACUCUUUCAGCCCUGACCUACGAGGAUCUACUGUUACUGAAAUCACUGAGGUAGAUCAUUGGCUAAGCUUGUCAUUGGGACCCUUGAAUAAAAAGGGUGAAUUUGUUAGUGCCCUUGAUAUUUUGAAUAGAUCACUGGGACCUGUGACUUAUUUGGUUGGAAAAAGUCUCACAAUUGCAGAUUUUGUAGUGUUUUCAUCAUUAUAUGUGAGUAGGCAAUGGUCAGAGCAGCUAUCUUCUAAUUCAGCUCCAGUCAAUGUCCUGAGAUGGUAUAAUUUUAUGAAAGCCCAAAAUUGUGUACAGAACACACUCAAUUCUCUUCCUUCAGAAGUAGUUGCAAUUUUAAGUUCAGUAAAAACUAGUAGGCUAUCAGUUGAACCCUCUAAAACUAGUACUAGAGCUCAAGAAGGAAAAUUUGUAGAAUUACCAGGUGCAGAAAUGGGCAAGGUAGUUGUCAGAUUUCCACCUGAAGCUUCAGGCUUCCUACAUAUAGGACAUGCUAAAGCUGCAUUACUAAACCAAUAUUACCAAGAAGCCUUUCAAGGAAAAUUGAUUAUGAGAUUUGAUGAUACCAAUCCUGCCAAAGAAAAUGUCCACUUUGAAAAAGUUAUUUUAGAAGAUGUGGCAAUGUUACAAAUCAAGUAUGACAUGUUCACACAUACCUCACAGUACUUUGACUUGAUGUUGGAUUACUGUGAGAAACUUUUGAGAGAAGGGAAAGCUUAUGUUGAUGAUACUGAAGCAGAAACAAUGAAAGCACAAAGGGAACAGAGAAUUGAUUCAAUAAAUAGAAGCACCUCUGUUGAUGAAAAUUUGAAACUAUGGGAAGAAAUGAAGAAAGGCUCAGAAAAAGGACAGCAAUGUUGUGUGAGAGCAAAAAUUGAUAUGCAAUCUCCAAAUGGUUGCAUGAGGGAUCCAACUAUUUAUAGAUGCAAGAAUGAACCCCAUCCUAGAACAGGGGAUAAAUAUAAGGUGUACCCAACUUAUGAUUUUGCAUGUCCCAUAGUAGAUUCAAUUGAAGGAGUAACACACACACUCCGUACAAUGGAGUACCAUGAUAGGGAUCCACAAUUCUAUUGGUUUAUUGAAGCUUUAGGUUUGAGAAAACCUUAUAUCUGGGAAUACAGCAGGUUAUCCAUGACAAAUACAGUUUUGAGUAAGAGGAAGCUUACCUGGUUUGUUAAUGAAGGCUUGGUAGAUGGCUGGGAUGAUCCUAGAAUGCCUACUGUAAGAGGUGUUUUAAGAAGAGGAAUGACAGUACAAGGGUUGAAAGAAUUCAUUAUUGCACAAGGAUCUAGUCGUUCUGUAGUAUUUAUGGAAUGGGAUAAAAUCUGGGCAUUCAACAAAAAAGUAAUUGAUCCCAUAGCCCCACGAUAUACUGCUUUGGAAUUUUCGGAACCUGUGCCUGUGAUAGUUGAAGGUGCCAAACAAGAAUGUUUGACAGUGCCAAAGCAUCCCAAGAAUGCAGAAAUAGGUACAAAAGAAGUGUGGGUGGGGCCCAAAAUACUCAUUGAUUUAGUUGAUGCUGAAUGUCUCAAGGAAGGAGAAAACACUACCUUCAUCAACUGGGGUAACUUACUCAUAAAAAAAAUCAACAGGCAAAACGGUAAAAUCAUAAAUGUGGAAGCAAAAACAAACCUAGAAAAUAAGGAUUAUAAAAAAACUUUGAAAUUAACUUGGCUAGCUGAUGUAGAAAGUGUUCCAUUCACACCAGCUUGGUGUGUUUAUUUUGAUCAUAUCAUAAAUAAGGCUGUUCUUGGUAAAGAUGAGGAUUUCAAGCAAUAUAUUGGCCAUGAAACAAGGAGAGAAGUUCAAAUGUUGGGUGAUCCAGAACUGAGGAAUCUAAAAGCUGGAGAUAUUAUUCAGCUUCAAAGACGUGGAUUUUUCCGAGUCGAUGUUGCCUAUAGACCUGUUAGUGUGAAUACUUGUAAAGAACAACCAGUGAUCUUGUUCUCAAUACCUGAUGGGCAUGUAAAUGACAAUCCAUUAGGUAUUGCUGUCGCAGCUAAAUCUGCCCCAGUGCAGAAGGCUGCUGACAAAAAUCCGACUGUAAUUGCAUCGCAUGAAACUGCAUCAGAAAUCAAUGCGGAGAUAAUUAAACAAGGGGAUAUUGUUCGUAAGUUGAAGGAACAGAAAGCAGCCAAAGGUGAUAUUGACGUUGCCGUGAAAAAACUAUUGGCACUGAAAACGGACUACAAAAAUCUCACUAACACCGACUGGAAACCGGGUUGCGUUCCUUCUUCUGUUGGAUCAGUUCAGGAUGGUGGGGUUCUGAAUGAGAAAAUCGCUGCCCAAGGAGAUAAGGUUAGACAACUGAAAUCUCAGAAAGCCGAUAAAGCGACUAUUGAUGAUGCCGUUAAAUCUUUGCUAUCAUUGAAGGCAGAAUACAAAACACUUACUGGAAAAGACUGGACACCCGGGGCUCCCUCGCCAGCUAUUACUAGCCAGCAGACAAACCCAUCCCUGGAUGAAUCCACUAUCCUACAACGCAUAUCGGCACAGGGUGAGAAAGUUAGAGAUCUAAAAGCGAAAAAAGCUGAGAAAGCUGUGGUCGAGGCUGAAGUCAAAGUACUGCUGAGUCUCAAAUCAGACUACAAAAAUCUUACUGGAAAAGACUGGACACCUGGGACUUCCUCUCUGGCUAUUACUAAGCAGCAGAACAAUUCAUCCUUGGACGAAUCCACUAUUCUACAACGUAUAUCGGCACAGGGUGAGAAAGUCAGAGAUCUAAAAGCGAAAAAAGCUGAGAAAGCUGCGGUAGAGGCCGAAGUCAAAGUACUGCUAGGUCUCAAAUCGGACUACAAAAAUCUUACUGGAAAAGACUGGAUACCUGGGACUUCCUCUCUGGCUAUUAGUAAGCAGCAGACCAAUUCAUCCUUGGACGAAUCCACUAUUCUACAACGCAUAUCGGCACAGGGUGAGAAAGUGAGAGACCUAAAAGCGAAAAAAGCUGAGAAAGCUGCAGUCGAGGCUGAAGUCAAAAUACUUUUGGGUCUCAAGUCAGACUACAAAAAUCUUACUGGAAAAGAUUGGAAACCAGGCGCAGUUCCUAGUGCUCCUUCUGUCCAAGAGUCCCCUGCUACUCCGAUAUCAGUUGAUAACAGUGUUGUUGGAAAUGAUAAUUCUGAACAAGAAGUGUCAGUUCGGAUUUUGAAAUCAGCUAAAGCAGGUAAAGAAAAAACGAAAGUAGACAAAGAAUUGAAAGCCACUAUGAAACCCCUGGAUGCAACAAAUGUUUCUUCUGCUUCUGGAGACAAUUCUGGUAAAGAUGCUCUAACACUUAAGAUUACAGAGCAGGGCAAUAUAGUUAGAGAUUUGAAAGCAAAAAAAGCAAGCAAGGGAGAUAUUGACGAAGCAGUGAAGAUUCUACUCGAUCUGAAAGUCGAGUACAAAAAUCUAACAGGUACAGAUUUCCCAGUGCCAGGCAGAACUCCAACUAAACAAAAAGAAAGCAAAGCAACCGAAAAAACUGCCAAACCGAAAUCAGUUGUCAAUGAAAAGAAACCAGUUGUGGAUGAGAGUAGUGUUAAAAAACAGACCAGGCUCGGUCUGGAAGCUAAAAAGGAAGAAAAUCUUUCAGAUUGGUACUCUCAGGUCAUUACAAAAGGAGAAAUGAUUGAGUACUAUGAUGUAUCUGGUUGUUACAUUCUUCGGCCCUGGUCAUUUGCUGUUUGGGAGGCUCUCAGCAGUUGGUUCGAUGCUGAAAUAAAGAAACUCGGGGUGCAAAAUUGUUACUUCCCCAUUUUUGUAUCAAAAAGUGUGCUGGAAAAAGAGAAGUCGCAUAUAGCUGAUUUUGCCCCAGAGGUAGCUUGGGUCACGAGAUCUGGGGACUCAGAAAUGGCUGAGCCGAUUGCUGUCAGGCCUACUUCUGAAACUGUUAUGUACCCAGCUUAUGCAAAAUGGAUUCAGUCAUAUCGAGAUCUUCCUAUCAAACUUAACCAGUGGAAUAACGUUGUGAGAUGGGAGUUCAAGCAUCCACAGCCAUUCUUGCGAACGAGAGAAUUUUUGUGGCAAGAAGGUCACACUGCCUAUGCCUCGAAGGAAGAAGCCGAUGUUGAGGUCACAACAAUAUUGGGCAAGUUUUUUUCAUGUUUUCUAAUUUACCUCAAAGUUUUUAAUAUAAGAUACUAUUUGUAUGCAAAAAUAUACACAGAUUUGUUAGCAAUUCCGGUGGUGAAGGGCAGAAAAACUGAAAAAGAAAAAUUCGCCGGCGGUGACUACACCUUGACUGUAGAAGCUUUCGUAUCGGCUAGUGGUAGGGGAAUUCAGGGUGCAACCUCCCACCAUUUGGGGCAGAACUUUUCCAAAAUGUUCGAUAUAAUUUACGAAGAUCCCGAGACACAGGAAAAACGGUACUGCUUCCAGAACUCGUGGGGAUUUACAACAAGGACAGUAGGAGUGAUGAUAAUGGUGCAUGCUGAUAACCAAGGUCUAGUCCUACCACCAAGAGUGGCCUCCAUUCAAAUAGUUAUUGUCCCCUGUGGAAUCACGGCUGGGUUGUCUGAAAAAGCACGCGAUGAUUUACAAUCUUCGUGUGAUGCUUUAGAACGCGACUUGAGAGCUGCCAAUGUGAAAGUUAAAGGAGACUAUCGGUUGAACUAUUCUCCUGGCUGGAAGUUCAAUCACUGGGAAUUGAAGGGCGUUCCGAUUCGCAUAGAACUUGGGCCAAAAGAUAUUGAGAAGAAUCAACUAGUAGCAGUGAGGAGAGAUACUGGGGAAAAAAUAACAAUUUCCCGUGCUAAUGCUGUCCAGAAACUAGAGCAAUUAUUGGAAGACAUCCAAAACAGCUUAUUCCAAAAAGCAAAUAACGAUUUGGAAAGCCACAAAAUCAUCUUGACGGAUUGGUCUCGGUUCGGCCCCAGUUUGGAUAAGAAGAAUAUUAUCCUAGCUCCUUUCUGUGGCAACAGCAAUUGUGAAGAUAGAAUAAAAGCAGAGAGUGCGAGGGAUGAUGGAGAUAAUGCUGAACCAGGUGCACCAUCUAUGGGAGCAAAAUCUCUUUGCAUACCACUUGAACAACCUGCUGACAUAAAACCAACGGAUAAAUGCAUUCAUCCAGCAUGCACAAAUAAACCUUUAUACUAUACACUAUUUGGAAGGAGUUACUAAUUUAAUUUGUGAACAAUUAUUUAUAUUUGAUCAUAAUAAUUAUAAAUAACACAUAACAUUUUUUUGUGAAUUAUAGUAGCAUAUUAUUCACAAUUUUUCUUUUACUUUCUCUGCGGGUCCAACUUCUUUUUUCUGGUCUUCUUUGUCCUGUGGUUUUGGUUUCUCUUUGUUUUUUUCAAUUUCCUUAUCGAUUUUUUCAUGUUCUCUUCUACAUAAUUCUUUCAGUUCUUCC